UACAAAAUGGCCGAAGGGGAGUGUUCCUCGUAAUCCUCGAGAAUAAUAUUAUGUUUGUUAGGGUGCAAGUCUGAUAAACUGUGCAAAAAUGCACUUUUCUAUUCCAGAUACCGAAGAAGUGAAGGAGGGCUCCACCUCUUAUACGAUUUACAACAUCUAUGUAAAUGGAGUGUUCCAUUGUAAAGCCAGGUACAAGCAGAUGCGACUGUUUCACGAUGAGCUGAAGAAAGAAUUUGGAGCUCUGGCUUUGCCGGAGUUUCCGAAGAAGAAACUGUUGGCAUUGUCAGCCGUGGAGAUCGAGCAGAGACGAGUGAUGUUGGAGAGGUACAUUCAACUAGUGAGUCAAGACCCGCAGAUGGGAAAUAGCAGUGUCUUCAAUACGUUCCUUUUGACAGCUCAGCAGGAGUCCCAGAUAGAGGAGGCGGAGCGGGUGAGCCUGGACACAUUCCUCAUGAACGGCCACAAGAUCACCAUCAGCCUUAUGUCCACAGACCAGACGGAGGACGUGCUGGAGGCUGUGGCCCAACAAAUAGAAAUUCCUGACGACUUCGUCCAUUACUUUGGUCUUUUCCUGGUCAGAAAGGAGGAGGAUGGAGACAAUUCUAUUGUGCGGCGGCUUCAAGAGUUUGAGUCUCCAUUCCUUUCCCUCAAAGCUGCUUCCAAGGCGGGUGUCCAUAGGAUUGUACUGAGAAAAGGCUACUGGGAUGCGUCCUAUGACGACGACCUCCUGGACAACAAGGUCACCAUGAACCUGCUCUAUGUGCAAGCAAACAGCGACCUGGACAGGCAGUGGGUCUUGGCUACUCGCGAACAGCUGGCUCACCUAGGGAACCUACGCAAGAAGGGCUCUAAGAGAGAGUUUCUGCGACUGGCCCGUACGUUGAAAUACUACGGGUACAUGCAGUUCAAGCCGUGCGUGACCGACUAUCCCCAGGCAGGGACCAGGGUCAUUGUGGCCUCCGGCCAGAGGGAGCUCAACUUCCGGGUGCAGGUGGACGGCUUGAUCAAGGAAGGCAGUUUUAAGAUCACAAGGAUGAGGUGCUGGAGAAUCACCACUGUAUACCCGAACGCUGACGAGAAUUCUCCCAAAUCUUCCAGCCAAGAAUCCCAGCUGGAGUUGUCCUUUGAGUAUUUGAUGUCUCGGGACCACCUCCAGUGGAUUUCCAUCAUCAGUGAUCAGGCAAUGUUGAUGAGCAUGUGCCUGCAGAACAUGGUCGACGAACUCAUCAUGAAGAAACAGGGGAAACGAUUCAAGAAGCCUCAAGACAGACUGAAUGUGAAGAAUGGAGGUCCCUUCAAACAGUUGUCUCGAGAACAUUCCUAUGGAGUAGAGCCCCCCUCCCAGACCAGACACUAUAGCAGCGACAGACAGAAUCCAGAGUCUCCAACUGGACGGAAAAUCCAUGUUCGAAAACUGCCGGAGGACCAAAGUGCAAUUAACAGAGCAAUGGAUUCUGUCAAGAAACUCUCUGGGAAAGGUGGACAGAAGCCGGACCAAAGCAUUAUGGAGAACGACGCCUUUGAGGGGAUUGGUGAUGACGACUUGUGAGAUGGAUGUUUUCGUUAAGACGCCAUGAGAUGAGUGAUUUCCUUAUGACACCGUUGUGUCUGUGUGAUGAGGUCACCAGUCUAAGGGGGACGACUGUGUGUUUUGUGAUGACAGUGUCAUCAGUCUAAGGGGGGCAACUGUGUUGUAAGUUCUGUUGUAAUGGUCAAUGGAAAUGCGUGUGUAUGGAGAUUAUUGCUCUGAGUGUGUACGUAAGUAGGGUACUGUAUGUAUGUGUGUAUGUACGUAAGCCACUGUUUGGGUGUAUGUACGUAAGUUACAGCAGGUGUGCAUAUGUGUGUGUGUGUGUGUGUAUGAACAACUACACUCGGUGUUGAAAUUAUUCUUUUGUUUUCCUUGGAUGAGUUUUGUUUUAAUGUUUAUUGUGUUGUGAGGUGCCUUAGUUUUGUUUGGAUGGUAUUUGUGUGGUCUGAGGAUGCUUUUUGUCUUGUCUGGAGGAUGGAUGUGAUGUGUGGUGUGAGAUUGGUUUAUGUUUGGAUUUAGAGUGUCGUGUGGUGUGAAGAGCCUUUUUGUUUUGUUUUUAUGUCAUGUGUGGUUUGAGGUUGUCAUUUUUUUUUUUAUUAUUACUUUUUUUUUUUUUUAUGUGAUGUGUGGUUUGAGGAUGGUUUUUGCCUCGAUGUGUUUGGAGAAAUUCUUGUGAGUCUUUUGGAUUUGGUCUUUCACAUUAAGUACAGCGAUAAGGACGGUCGAAAUGUCCUGAACUGUUUCCAGAUUGUUGUCAGAUUUGAGCAAUUUCUCCUUCAGUACAUCAAGCUGUGCGCAUACUUGCUCUCUGAUACUUGAGAAAAGGAUACAGAUAAAUGCAUUUAUGUAUGGAGUUGUCUUUCUUGUAUCUUGUGGUAAAAUAUACGUGAAUUUUCUGCUCUAUAUAAGUAGUGAUGUCUCGUUAUCUUCAUUUUUAUUUGUAACACUGUUACAUUUUCUGCAUGAAUAUGUAGCAUUCUUACUUUAUCUGCAUUACUGAUGUGACAUUGUCUGCUUUAUCGUGUAACAUUGUUACAUUUUCUGCAUUAUUAAGUAACCUUGCUACAUUAUCUGCAUCACACUGUUACAUUAUCCACAUUGUUAUAUGUAACAUUUAUGACAUUGUUACAUUACCUGCAUUAUUAUAUGUAACAUUGUUACUUUAUCCGUAUUAUUAUAUGUAACUUUUAUAUGUUAUCUGCAUUCUUUGUGUAAUAAUAAUAUUGCAAAGUUUUUCAAGGGCGUGUUAAAAUUUGUUGUUGACAUAAUGUAAUCAAAAUGUGUGCGGAAAUGCCUAAGCGUAUAAAAAGCCAAACUAAUAUAUAUGACUAAGACUUUUUCCCAUUGUCAUGUCUUUACUGUACAAAGUUAUGAUGAUUUUUUAAAAAAUAUCUGCCGCAAAACUUGAUAAAAAAAAGAACUGGGGAAAUCAGACUCGCAAAAGUUUCUUAAGCUCUUCUUUCUAUAAUCCCCCACCCCCUCCUACCUCUGGAAAGAAAAGAUAUAUUUCACACUUCCUUUUCUCUAUGCCCUACUACCUCAAACAUAUAUUUUGUACAUCCUUCUCUCUAUUCCCUUUUACCCGAAACAGAUAUUUCAUACAUCCUUCUCUCCUGUCCCUCUUACCCUAAACAAAUAUUUCAUACACCUCUCUUUCUGUUUCCUGUUACUUCAAACAAAUAUUUCAUACAUCCUUCUUUCUUGUCCCUCUUACCCUAAACAAAUAUUUCAUACACCUCUCUUUCUGUUUCCUGUUACUUCAAA